AUGAAUGCGGCAGUUGAUGACACAUCUGAUGAAGAAGAUGGACCAAUCACAACACGUUUCUAUGGUGCUGCAGUGGCAGACCAGCCGCAGGAAGCGCCUGACGAACCUUAUCAAGGAGAAGCUCACUUGGCUAUACGUCGACCAUCCAAUUGGAUUGCAGAUACAGGCACUAGUGGCCAUAUCUCCAACGAUCUAAGCGACUUCAUAGACUACACACCAUGGGGAACCAAUGAGAAGCCGUAUACGUAUGGCUCAGCCGCGGGGGCUGAGGGAAGGACCCUUGGCCGAGGCACCGUUCAUUUGCAACUAGAAGAUGGGGUUGAACCGUCCUGCCCUCGAUGGGCUUGCGCGCCCCCUGAUUGGUCCAUUGCCCUGGCUCCCCCCUCGUAUCCGCCGCGCGUGCUCCCGGUGUGUGCGUGCGUGGGGAUACAGCCCCCUGAUAUGGUGCUGCCCAUGUUUCCUACCUCAGCACUCUAG